UUGCCAUGUGUGGCCUGGUGUUGUCACACCUAGGUAAAUAUAGAGUCGAGCUGUAAAUGUCGUGCGCAAUUACUUAAAAUUUGCGUGUAUACCUUACAAUGAAUUGUUUAUGAAUAGUGCCCUGUGUCGCAGAAGUCGCUGCUGGAUUCACGUAAUAUAGAGCUGAUAUCCGGUUGCCGCUCUAUCCACGCCCACAAAUAUACAAUCUAACUUGUCAAAACGAAAAGAAUCACGCCUGUAUCGUACGGACCAUUUCUCAUAGCGAUUUCUGAUGACCUUAUCGCAUAUAUAACAUAGUUGCCGUGUAGGUUUCAGAGAUCGAUAACUUGCUAAACUUUAAGGCAUAUAUUUGUCAUAGAAGAAAAAUGUUGUUGCCUUGGACAACUAUAAGUAAUUGAGGUGGAACAAUAGAUUUGUUAGAAUAUAUAUUUUUGAUCGUUUGUUGAAUUGUAGCUAGUGUUUGAAAUAGAGCCAGCGUAUUGUCCAGCUAGACAGGUAGACUUCUUUCUGUCUACAUAUACUGGUAUGUCUAUAUAUGUAUAGCGAACAUUGAUCUAUUUUACUGUAAAAUUUCGAGGUCGGCCAAUUUUACCUAUGUCAAGGUGAACGUAUUAGUAUUGAUUUUGGUUCGCAUUUCGUAUGUUAGGGAUGAUGGAUGUACAAAUAACUUGUGCGUUUUCUAAGUGUGCGCUGGGAAAGAAAUCAAUACAUGAUUGGACGCUGAGUCUCUUCCACCGUUUGUCGGCCACAAUAAGAACUCUCCUGUUUUGACCAAAUCAACAAUCACCGUCACCUUGUGCAGUAUUUUACAAUAAGAAGACGUCUGUUUGCUGUCGAAAAAGUUUGAACCAAAGAGCUAAACAGACACUGUACGCGAAAAUGGACACAUCAAAUAGAAAAUCAAAAAGAUUUUAUUUACAUAUGAAAUUUCGUGCCACUACAAAACUGGUAAGGAGCUUACAAAAGCCAGGGAGUCCAGCAGCCGUGUUGAGCUCAUUAUUCCGUGAUGGUGCUACAGGAAUUGAGACUUUUGUUAAGUUAGUGUCGUUCCGUCGAAAGUACAACAGCUUCGUAUAUGUUUUUAUGUUAGCAGUUACCUUAACUUUAAUUUGCAAAGGAAUAAGAGAUUACUGUAAAUAUGAAACUAGUACGUCAAUGAAGUUAGUCGACGAUGUUGACAGAAUAUUGCCUUUAGCGAUUACGAUCUGCAACACCAACGGGUUUAAAAAAUCAGUUUUCUGUUCAGCAGAAAAUCUUGCAGUGACAAAGACUCUCUGUGAAGUUCGCAAGAAGUCGAAAUUUGCAGGGCUAAUUAUGAAUAUGAGCUUCAAUCCUGACACAUAUAGAACACUUCGGAUGAUUACUGAUCUGUCCACAUUUACUGCGAGAGAACUCAUAAAGAGCUGCUACCGCAAGAGAAAACCUUGUCCCCCCGGAACUAUUUCGCCGCAAAUCGUUUCAUAUCUACGGUAUGGAGUGUGUUAUUGUCUCUUCUGCAAGCAAAAGAUGCGUGGUUUAGACGCGCAGGUUUUGAAAUCACAUCUCCAUGAUGACGGGCUAAGUCUCAUUCUCGAAAGCCAUAAUGAGGAGAAGCUUAAAUCGACAAAGACUGCAGGCUUCAUCGUUAUGCUUCAUGACCCUAACUUAGUCCCGGAUGUCGUCACAAACGGUUUUUACAUUGCUGACGGCCAUACGAGUUACGCAGGCAUUUCAUUUGAAGCGGUCACACGUCUUCCGGAACCGUACACAACGAACUGUCGUAGCGAAUGGCCUCCGGGGUUUGAUAAACCACCAUUUAGUCAAUUACCUCUAUUGAUGCCUUAUUCAACAUCUCUAUGCGUAAGAGUAUGCUGGUCACUGUAUAUCUUGCAACAUUGUAAAUGCCGGUAUAACGAAAGAUUGUCACACCGUGAUUAUCUCGAUAUCGCGUCGUUGUGCAUGGAGAGUAAUGAAACUCAAGUCUGUAGUCGUGAAGCGGCGUCUCGCACGAUUUCUUGUAACUGUCCGCCAAGAUGUAGCGAGAGAAUUUACCGUGCGGCUCUCUCAAGUGCAAGCUUCGUGAAAUCGAACAGGACCUUAUUGGCGAAUGAUACUCAUAAGGAAAGUAGGUCUUACAGUCACUUACUGCUUUAUUAUAGCAAAAAUCAAGCUCCGAUAUUUAUAGAAGUAGAGAAGAUUAACCGUGUGCAACUGGUAAAUAUUCUAGGCGGAAAUUUCGGCAUGUUCGUUGGAGCAUCAUUUCUCGUUUUUUACGAGCUUUUUGAGAUACACGUUCGUUGGCUCUUAAACCUCGUCAAAGUGAGGUAUUUGUUGAAGUAGCAAGUUCAUAAAGACUGAAAAGGCGCAAAAGGUUUAAAAAAAACAAAGUUUUAUUUUGAGGAUGAAAUGCUGUUGACCGAUUGCGUUUAGUACUGAAUUGAUAUACCACACGAAUGGA